AUGAUGGACGAGACACUCCCAUUGAUCAAAACAGAUUCGAACACGAUUUUUAAUUCAUUCUUUGCAACAGCAAACUCCUUCCAAACGCCACUCCGAGCAGAAAAGAAUAUGGGGACUUUCAUGUUUAUUGUCAAUGUGUUCAACGGCACUUUGGGAAUAGGACUGAUCAUGUUACUUGACAUCUUCGUUGAGUGUAAAUUGAUACUCUCAUCUCUGACCUUUUUCUUUGUGUUUAUCAAUAUCGUGUUAUCAACGUUGUAUAUCUUCGACUCAAUGGCAAGGACGUCUGGGGCCGCACUUGCACUCGAAAUGGGUGGGUUUCCGAAGAAUGAGGUUGGACAAAUCAUGUUUGACUUCCCGCGGAUGCUUUCGUUCUACUUGUACGGCAAAGGGCGGAUCCUCUCGUUUUUUGUAUCGUUGUCUUAUCUCCUCUUUGCGUUGUGGUGUUCUCUCUCUUUCUGUUAUAACUCCCUUGACAAGAUCAUCAAGUCUUUUGGGUUUAAAGAGUCAUUCAACUGCUCGAUUGUGUCGUUGAUCAUUGGAGCACCAACGUCCACUGAAGUGUGCUUGGGCUACUACGGACUCACAAUUGGAUUUUUAAUACUCUUUGUGGUGCUGUCAGUGGUGAACCCUAAACUCUUCAAAAGGCUGCAACUUGUCUUCUUUUUGUAUAGGAUAUUGGCAUUAGUACUGAUGUACACAACACUAAUCAUCUUUUUCAUUGGAUCGAACAACUCUAAUAUAGCCAACACUUCAAGCGCUUCUGAUGAUGAAGAUUGGUGGUGGCCAUUAUGCAGAUAUGGGUCGAUGUUGUCUGUGUCAUUCUUCUCGUUGAUCAAUUGUAAUACAGUGAUCGAGUCGACAACACAAUCAUAUACAAAACACCCACUUAGAUACACUCUUAUUGUUGAUCUCAUAUGUUUUCUGAUCUAUUUCAUAUUGUCAUUGAUGAACUUGUUCUUCACAUACAAGACAGGGAUCAUGAAAGACAUUUGGAUGGCAUACACGGGGCUUGGAUCGGGGUGGGAACAGGAGACUGCAACCCAGAAGUCGACGGUGUGGGCAAUGGUCAUCAGGGUGCUUAUCAUGUUACUUCCACUCAUCACAACAAUCUCAAUUUACCCAUCGAUGGUUGCAUUUGCCGCACAGUCAAUUUAUCGAUUCUUCAAUAUACAGACAUUCAUUAUAUAUCACAUGUGGCUUGAUAUUUUAAUUCGCGCGGGAGUGUCGAUUAUACCAAUUCUACUCUGUGUGGUGUACAACGAUGCAAAGAAAAUACUCUCAAUUGUUGGUAUGUCUGCUACAGUCAUUGGUGGGAUGAUUCCCUCGCUCAUUCAAUUUGUGUCUGUGAAACACGUGCAAAAGGUGUUUGGUGUUGGGAUGCACGUCACAAAGUAUUUCAUCAAGUAUCUCUCGAGUGCGUUUAUUGCAAAAGUUUUGUUUGUUUUAGGAGCAAUCGACAUUUGCUUUGAGAUGAUCCAUUUCGUUACUUGUUUCUUUGUGUCCGAUUGA